AUGCACAAGAGCAGACUCGGGGUGGCCUGGGAAGGGUAUGCCUUGAGGGAGAAAUACUCUUCCGUACUUUGCCAGCUGAGACAAGAAGCUGCCACGGUGGUGUAUCUCCUCAUCAUAAAAGUGAUGUUGGCUCUGAUUUUGUACCAGAGCCACAGCCCUUAUGACAUGCUGGAGAGCAUCAAGAAGGAGGUCGAAGGUGACCUGGAAAAUGUUUUCCUGAAGCUGGUCCAGUGCAUUCGGAACAAGCCCCUGUAUUUUGCUGACAGACUGUACGUCCCCGUGAAUGGCAAGGGCAGUCGUGCUAAGGUCCUGAUUAGAAUCCCCUGCAGUGACAUGGACAUGUUGAAAAUAAGGUCUGAUUUCAAGUCAAGUUCGGCAAGUCUCUGUACUACUGCGUUCAGCAGGACACCAAGGGCGACUGCCAGAAAGCACUGCUGUUCCUGCGUGGUGGGGGUGACUGAACCCCACAACAUCCGAGCAUCCAGGGUGGCUGUUCUGUGCUCCAGCUAA